CAUCGAUUGGCUCGAAUAUCGAGCUUUCAUAUCAUAGUCGAAACGCCGGGGGCUCCAUGCUGGCGAUGUUUCCGUCAACAGCCAAUAAUGCAAUAUAGAUUGGCGCCCGACUAUCAACUUACCGCCGACUCGCAUAACCACUACUGGAAAGACGUUUGCUGCUGGAUGAAACAGUACAGCCUUGCUCAUCGGCGCAAAAGAGGUCAAAAUGCUGCUCCAUCCCAUCCUUUUCUGUCCGGGCAGGAGAGGAGAGCUAGAAACUGAGCCUAUGGUUCCUGUUGAAGGAUGCCUCGUAUCGUCACAAGAUAUAUUCGGAAGAUAAGCCGAUUCAAGGGCUCUCCGGGGGAAGGAGCCGCUGCCACUGUUUCGAGCAGCAGUACGCCAGAGCCAGAAAAAGUCUUGGUUUCUCUUCAAUCGUCUUCGGUGAAUCGUUCCCUGGGAGAUAAUAAUGCUGCCGCCAGAAAGAAUGCUGCUUUCGAAGAGGCCUGGAGGAAUCACUUCGAGGAGCUCACAGAGGAAGAAAAGAAGAAUGACUGGAGAGAAGGGAAUCAGCAUGUCUCACCGGAGAUGAUUCAUGACAAAAUAGUGAAUCUUGACACGAAACAUGCGGCCGGGGUCUCCAGGAAAGUGAUAGAGCCUACUUUACAAUUCCUGCAAGCCAUUGACUCGCUCGUCACGGGGGCGACAGCAGCAGCACAGUCAUCGCCAAUCGGCUCGAUCGUCUUGGGAGUUGUUCGUGUCAUCAUCGACUCCGCUAUUAAAGCUGGCACCUAUUUCGAAAGGUUGUCACAGAUGCUUGAGCGCAUGCCUAGUCGUUUCGACGUCUUACAGCGAUACGCCGACAUAAGCGCCAGCUCGCCUGCUGUACACAAGAUUCUGGUUGCGUCUUACUCGAACAUCCUGACUUUUUUUCGUAAAGCGUACCGCGUGUUCGUUGACAAAGAAGGAUCUGAAAGAAGGUUCGCUUCGGCUCGCAUCUUCGUCCGCUCGCAGUGGUCGCCGUUCGAAGAGGAAUACGGGAAAAUAGUAUCAGACUUUGAACACUAUAAUCAGAUGUUACGAGAGAUGGCUCUAGUCGAGAACCUCAAUUACGUCGUGGAAAGACGGGAAGCAAUAUGGGAAGAGAAGAAAGCGAAAAAAGACGAAGAGAGGGAGAAAUUCCUUUCGUGGGCAUCUGGAGAUGAUUCGGAGGUCGAUCAUGAUCGGCUCUAUUCGAAGAGAUACACAGACACGGGAAGAUGGCUACUAGAGGAGAAAUGCUUCACUGAUUGGCUGGAUGAUGAUAAUGACACACCUCUGUUUUGGUGUCAUGGACAAGCUGGAAUCGGAAAAAGUGUCCUCUCAUCAAUCGUCGUUGACCACUUGAGCAAGAGCACUUUAACUGACCAGUACGCAUUGGGAUUUUGGUACUGCAAAUGGGAUGACACUUCCAUGGAGACCAUGGCAUGUCGCGUAAUCGGCAUGUUCAUCAAGCAGUUAUGUCGGAAGAUGUUCACCAUACCAUCUGAAAUACUCGAGUUCCGUCGUCGAUUGAACAAAGAAGGGCGAACGCUCUUAUUCAAGGACUAUGCAGAACUCUUCCUCCUUUGUGCUCGCUACUUCAAACGGGUAUUCCUAACAAUCGACGCCCUGGAUGAGUGCAAAGAUGAGCAGCGCGAGCUUAUCAUGGACUUUGUUCAGAGUCUUUCUGCCUCACAUAUCAAGGUCUUUCUAGCUAGCAGAUGGAUGCAGGAUAUUGAAAAAGCCUGCGUCAAUAAAGCGGUGAUAUUGCCAAUAACCGCGUGGGAAGUGAAGGAUGAUAUCACCAUAUUUGUCGAACAUCAGGUGCCUGAGAAGCUAUCAAUUACGUCUGCCGAUAUCAGGGGGAGGGUUAUAAAGACCUUGGUAGACAAGUCCGAAGGCUUGUUCCUCUGGGUCGAAUUACAGCUGAAAGAUCUCUCCAAAGUCCCCGAGUGCGAUCUGGAGGACCAGUUACAAUACCUGCCCACAGGACUGGACGCAAUGUACAUACGGAUGAUCCGCAGCAUCAAAAAGUUACCGAGAGCCAGUUCAUCUUUAGCGCGAAGAUGUAUGCUUUGGGUGACAUAUGCCAAACGCCCUUUGACUGGAAGUGAGCUGAAAGAGCUUGUCUCAUUCAUGGCUAGUCCUUCGGGAAGUAACCAAGAUCAUGACUCCAUGUCUUGCUCAUCCCACAAACACUACUCUUCCGAAGACAUCACGAAUUCCUGUUUUGGUUUAUUCCAAAUGGACAUCGACUCCGAACCCGUUCGACCAGUCCACUAUUCGAUGCAGGAAGUUUUCUCUAACCGUACCGAUACCGAAUUCCCGGAUGAUUGCCGGGACUUCUUCUUAUCCCCGGAAAAGGCAAAUCUUCAGUUGGCAAAGGCAUGCAUCCGUGUACUUCUUUCUGAAGAGCUCUGCUGGGAUAAUGCGAGAAAAUACUGUGCCAGAUUUUUUGAAAGCCACAUACUCAGCCUACAGACAAUACCUCCAGAACUGGAGAACAUGCUUGACUCCCUUCUUUCAGCAAACCGGGAAAUGCUUGCGAACAUAUUGACAUUCAGGUACCCGUAUGGGUGCUGUGACUGCUGCAUGGGAAGCCCACGCGAGAUUGAGCCUUCCUUUUUCAUUCGGUGUACGGGUCUCGAUCGUGUGCCACACGUUGCGACAAGAUAUCCAAAGGUGAUACUGUCUGAUCGUCCGGAGCAAUACCUGCAACUGUCCUGCUACCUUGGCAUGUCUGAUGUGCUCGAGGCUAUUAUUGAAACGGGCGCCGACUUGAACUAUAGAGACCAAGUUGGCUACACAGCACUGGAUUGUGCCUGCCUGGCCAAACAGCAUGAUGUGAUAAAACGUCUGCUCGACACUGGAGUGCCCCAAAAGUGCAGUCCUUCCGGCCCGAACAGUCCAGUAAUCAGAGCUGCUAAAAUGAAGGACUUCAAGUCGGUCGAGCUUCUGCUGAGAGGAGGGCUGAGUGUCAGCUUGAGCGACUAUAUACGAGCAAUCGAUACUGACGAUCUCGAUACGGUCAAAUUGAUUGUUACAAGCCUAGGGGAAGGGAUAGAUCAGCAAACGUAUCAAAAUGCUAUUCAUGCCGCUGUUGUUAGGGGUCUUACUGAUAUUACGAGCUUUCUUAUCAACCGCCUGGAUGGCGAAGCCCUGGUGCCGUUCUUCUGCUAUGCAGUUAGUUUCGCCGGUAAUAAGAAAAUCAGGAACCUAAUGCUGGAACGUGCGCCGGACUGGGGCUUGUGCCUCAAAAGAAACCCAAAUCUACUUGAAUCUGCAAGUUAUUCCGGGGACCUCGAGAUCAUGAACGUUCUUAUUCGGAACGGGGCGGAUAUCAAUGGUCCCCCUGACAGGUACGGAAGUCCACUUCAGGCUGCAGCUACAUACGGUCACGUCAAAGCAAUGGAGUUACUCCUUCAGAGGGGGGCAGAUAUAAAUGUUAUAUCUAAAGAGAACGGAACCAUCCUCGAAAUAGCUACCACGUCAUUCAGUAACGUCGAGGCAAUGGGAUUACUGAUUAGGAACGGCGCUUCGAUAAAUGAGAGCUACACACAAGAAGGAGGACCUCUAGGGGUUGCUGCCAAUGGUCAGGCGUUUGACAAGAUGGAGCUUCUUCUUGCCAAUGGGGCCGAUAUUAAUCUACCGCGAGGCGAAUGGGGUUCGGCUCUAGGAACUGCAGUCGCAAAGGGAAGAUUGAAAUCGGUCAACUAUUUGCUCGAGAAAGGAGCAGAUGCUGAGAUAUCAUGUCCAAGAUACGGGUGCCCAUUAAGUCUGGCGGCUUACAAAGAAAGGGUAGAAAUUAUGCAGAUCCUUAUCGACAGAGGCGCUGAUGUCAACAGAGAAAGCGGAGAAUACGGCUGUCCUCUCGGAGCUGCUUCUCACAAGGGAAAUAUCAAAGCUAUGAAACUGUUACUGAAGGCGGGUGCCAGAGUUAACACCAGUGGGGGUGUCUAUGGAAGCCCACUUGGUGCAGCAGCCCUUGAAGACAAUAUUGAAGCCAUGGACCUACUAUUCGAAAACGGCGCUGACGUGAACAUCCAAGGAGGACCAUUCGGGACCCCAUUAGGAACUGCGGCAUUCGGUAACAGCAUAAGGUUUAUACGACCCAGUUAUACGAAAGGGCUGGAGCUGCUUCUCCAGAAAGGAGCAGAUGCCUAUUUGCCGGGCGGCCUCUUUCGAAACCCCCUAGAAGUUGCUCUUUUUAGCUGUCAUUCAGACGCUAUCCAAAUAUUUUGCGACAAAGGAUUCAAGAUUGAACCCCCCUGUCCUCUCAGCAGAGAAUACGACAGCAUCAUGGAAAUGGCGAGAAGUGUAGAGGUGAAAAAGUGGUUUCUCCCAAAGAAAAGGAUGUUGGAUAAACUGAUAGAAGAUUUGAGUCAAUAGUUAUGACAUACACAUGCUGGUCCUGACAUAGGCCUUCUUUACUCGACGAUACAGAGAGCCUGAGUCAGUUGAAGAGUGCUCUAUAUCCAUGUUAUCUUUCAUUUUUCUUGGCGCGCAGGUAUGAGUGAAUGUAUUUCGGAAUAUCACUUUUCCUUUGGCAUUAUCAAUUGGCUUUUCAUAUUAUUGGUUUCACAUUUAGAGAAGACAAGCGAGUUUACAGUGCGGACUUGGAGAUAGAAGCUUCCCAAAUACUAGGAGAAAUUGCAGACAAUUGAAU